AUGGCUAGAGCACUACUACUGAUAGUUUCUUUCGUUGUCUUUGUCUUCGUCUUCGUCCCCUUCGUUUCCUGCUCGAGCCCAACCUACAAUGUGCAGAGCUUUGGGGCAAAAGCCGACGGCGUUUCGAACUCCACGCCGGCGUUCCUCAAGGCCUGGUCGGCGGCGUGUGGCUCUGUUAAGGCGGCUACGAUCUACGUGCCGGCGGGGCGGUUCUUGCUGGGCCCAGUGGAGUUCAGAGGGCCAUGCAAGAACAAUAUCAACUUUCGGGUGGAUGGAACGGUUGUUGCUCCGUCAGAUUACUGGAAACUGGGCAAUUCAGGAAACUGGAUACUGUUCGUUCAGGUGAAUGGGGUAACGCUCGCCGGCGGCACAUUUGACGGCAAGGGAGCUGGCUUCUGGGCUUGCCGGAGGUCCGGGAAGAGUUGCCCCGUAGGAGCAAGGUCGAUAAUAUUCAAUUGGGCCAACAACAUCGUCAUUAAAGGCUUGACGUCGAUCGACAGCGAGCUUAGUCACCUUGUGAUCAAUAGGUGCAACAAUGUGACGGUUCGCAGCAUGAAGAUGGUUGCUCCAGAUGAGAGCCCCAACACCGACGGAAUUCACGUGCAGUCGUCCACCGGAGUAACCAUCGUCGGCAGCAGCAUGAAGACCGGCGACGACUGCAUCUCCAUUGGUCCGGGGACCCGGAAUUUGUGGAUGCAAAGCAUACAGUGCGGUCCAGGCCAUGGUGUUAGCAUUGGUAGUUUGGCAAGGCAAUACGAGGAAGAUGGCGUCCAAAACAUAACCCUAACAAACUCGAUGUUCACCGGCUCCGACAACGGCGUGCGAAUAAAAUCAUGGGCUAGACCCAGCAAAGCGUUUGUGAGGGACGUCACAUUUCGGAACAUAGUGAUGAGAAAUGCCAAGAAUCCGAUCAUCAUCGACCAGAAUUACUGUCCUGGCAACCAAAGCUGCCCUAAUCAGGCAAGGGACCUGUCUUCACAGUUCAAGCUCAGCUCGGGGGUGAAGAUCAGCCGGGUGACAUACAAGAACAUACAAGGAACAUCAGCAACCCCGAUUGCAGUUGCAUUCGACUGCAGUUCGAGCAAUCCAUGCAGCGGCAUCAAGCUGCAAGACUUGAAUCUAACUUAUCUGAACAAACCGGCACAGGCAUCGUGCAGUCAUAUCGAAGGGACCAGCAGUGGUGUAAUGGUGCCGAAAACUUGUCUGUAA